UACGGUCAUUGGAUAUCUUUCCUUACAGCUUCAUUGACAACACUACGCGUACGGGCCCCAACACUACAGAAAGACAAUGUUAUAGUUUGAAAAAUGACAGAUAGACCUCUCCAUUCGCAUAUAAAGAAUCCAGUUAUCUUAACAAUUAGUGAUGGAAAGACUGAGUUUCAUUCAGGAUGCCGAGUUAUCGAUAUAAACUUUCCAAAUAUUUCAAACCCAGAGAGUAGCAAUCCAAUUUCUGUUUCAAUAUGUGAAAGGGUUGGAGAAAUUCACUUUAAAAACAGUUAUACAGCUUUUAUCACUGUAAGAGCCAAGUUUAAAGCUCAAGCAGAAAAUGGUGAAGUUGGAGGUGAUGCUAAAUGGAAAACUUGUGUCAGAAGAUUUAGGCUGAUGCCAAACCCACACAUGGAAGAAGGUUCUCAAGAUUACUUCUGUCUUGGCAAGAAACAUUUUAUGAAUGAACUAAGCAAUAUAACACAAUUACGUGUAAUAUUACAACAACCAUCACCUGUUUGGAAAGAUUUUAGAAUUGAAGAAUUGAAGUUAUACAGAUCAGCAGAGAUGAAUAAAACACCAGCACUACCAUCCUGGCUGAUAGAAGAUUCAGGAAAAUCCAAAAAAUCUGAUAAUGACCUUGAUAAUGACUCUUUUUGUGACAAAUUAAGAUCUGAGCGUUCUCCUUGUUUGGCGAGUGUACCUAACUUAGAAGCAAUAUCAUCAAGUCUACAGCAUCUUUGGGCAUUGGCAGAAGAAGUAGGUGCCAAGCAGACAGAAAGAGCAUUAGGAAGAUAUGAGGUUGAUGGAUGUUAUGAAAUAAAUUUAUUAUCCUAUACAUGAUACAGAACCAGUGACAUGGAUUAAGCCUAUAGUCUAUUCAAAAGUGGAUUACCAGGAAAUAAGACAGAAAACACUUAAAAGCUUUUACAUAUAGCCUUUUCAUUUUCAUAUAUAUUUUUUGCAAGCAUUGCACAAUGAUUUGUACAUCUCAUAAUAAAUUUCAGUGUUUUAUUAUUUUGUG